GGGGUGCGUCUGAUUGGCUGGGCGGGGCCGACGGCGUGCAGCCAACAUGGCGGAGCGCGCGAGGAAGCGGCCCUGCGGCCCGGGUGAACAUGGCCAGAGGGUGGAGUGGAGAAAAUGGAAGCAACAGAAAAAGGAGGAGAAAAAGAAGUGGAAGAAUCUCAAGAUGAUGAAAAAACUGGAGCGGCAGCGAGCUCAGGAGGAACAGACCAAGUGCCAGCAGGAGGAGGAGGCAGCUGCCCAGAGGGAAGAUCGGGGGCGGCACUACACCCUGAGCGUGGCCCUGCCAGGCUCCAUCCUGGACAACGCCCAGUCACCCGAGCUUCGCACCUACCUGGCCGGCCAGAUUGCCAGAGCCUGCGUCAUCUUCUGCGUGGAUGAGAUUGUGGUGUUUGAUGAAGAGGGUCAAGAUGCCAAGACUGUGGAGGGGGAAUUCAGGGGAGUCGGCAAGAAGGGGCAGGCGUGUGUGCAGCUGGCCCGGAUCCUGCAGUACCUGGAGUGUCCACAGUACCUGAGAAAGGCAUUCUUCCCCAAGCAUCAGGAUCUACAGUUUGCAGGGCUCCUGAACCCCUUGGACAGCCCUCACCACAUGCGUCAGGAUGAGGAAUCCGAGUUCCGAGAGGGCAUUGUGGUGGACCGGCCCACCCGGCUGGGCCAGGGCUCCUUUGUCAACUGUGGCAUGAAGAAGGAGGUGAAGAUUGACAAGAACUUGGAGCCUGGACUUCGGGUGACGGUGCGGCUGAACCAGCAGCAGCUCCCAGAAAGCAAGACCUACCGUGGAAAAGUCGUGUCGUCACAGGACCCUCGCACCAAAGCUGGUCUCUACUGGGGCUACACGGUCCGCCUGGCCUCCUGCCUCAGUGCUGUGUUCGCUGAGGCCCCCUUCCAGGACGGCUAUGACCUGACCAUCGGGACAUCAGAGCGAGGAUCAGAUGUGGCCUCCGCCCAGCUUCCCAACUUCAGGCACGCUCUCGUGGUGUUUGGGGGCCUCCAAGGGCUGGAAGCUGGAGUGGAUGCUGACCCCAACCUGGAGGUGGCUGAACCCAGUGUCCUCUUCGACCUGUACGUCAACACCUGCCCCAACCAGGGCAGCCGCACCAUCCGCACAGAGGAAGCCAUCCUCAUCUCCCUGGCUGCCUUGCAGCCUGGCCUCACCCAGGCAGGUGCCCGGCCCAGCUGAAGGUUCUGUCGAGCUCAAGAUGGCAAAGAAGCGGCGGUGAAGCCAGAGGUUCCCACAGGUCACGUGUGACAGACACACUUAAGACUUGUCUCCAAAAAUAAACACCUUUAAUUCGACCCAGGCCCCACGA